CGAUCGUAGGUCCGGAGGUAAAACGGCCUUUAUUCUUAAAAUAAUAUGACUUUCCAUCCCCAUCCAUCCUCAUGAUACUAGGAAGAAGAGGAGAGAGAAGCAGCAGAAACAGGAACAGGAACCAUAGAUCCAACCAAAGAAGCAUCAGGCCAUCGGCCGAGGGAGCAAGCGCCGCCGCGGGCUGUCGGGCGGAGGGAUACGCAGCUCGCGUAGAUCGGAGAGGCGAAUUUCAGAAGGGAGAGAUGCUCGUGAACAAGCGUGGCCGUUGAGCAGGGGGAUCUAUUUCUAUCGGCUGCUGUCGAUCCCCCCACUCCAUCGAUUCGAUUCAAGCUCCUCCACCGUCCAUCCUCCGUCCGCUGUUGUCGGAGGGGAAAGGGGGAAAAGGAAGGAAGGAAGGGCGUGUGAUGUGAUUUGAUGGCCUCCCAGCGCCGCCGCCCCUGUAUCCAGCACCAAAGGGGUUGUGUCGUCGGCCAGUCGGCAUGGCCCGAUCUCCCACCGGAGCUGCUGGAGCGCAUCGUCGCCGUCCUCGUUCCGCUCGACCGCGUCGCCGUCCGCCUCGUCUGCGCCUCCUGGCGUGCGUGCGUGCGGGAGUCGUUCUCCUCUGACCUCCCGUUCGAGGCCCCGCGCCUCCUCCUCCGUCGCCCGGGUGCCGGCGGCGGGCUGGCCUUCUUCAGCCUCCACCACCGCAAGGUCCUACCUUUCGCUCUCCCCGCGAGCGUCAGCACCGGUCGCUGUUGCGGCCACAUCGGCGGCUGGCUCGCCAUGGCCUUGGACGCCGACCGCUCGGUUGUCCUCUGCAACCUCAUCUCCGGCCAAUCCAUCGCCGUGCCCCCGCCCCCGGUGUUCCCGGUGUCAAAGCUGAUCCUUUCCGGGCCGCCUACCUCCCCUGGCUGGGUCGCCGCAGUGCUGGGCCGAGCAGGCACGAUUGCGCUGCUCCAGCCGGCCGUGUCCGGCUCUUGGAUGACCAUCGGCGUGGACGAGGGAGUCCAGCACGGGGGCUUCAGAGACAUGGCCUUCUGGAGCGGCCGCCUGUGCGCGCUGGGCUACGAUGGCGCGGUCUUGGCGUUCCGCGGCGACCUGCGCGCGCGUGCGGCGGCGGUGUCGCUGCUGCGGGAAGCGGAGCAGCCGGGCGGGUGCUGGCGGCUGUACCUGGCGGAGAGCGACGGGGAGCUCCUGCUGGUGAGGAAGCUGUACAUGGUGUGGCUGCACAGGGACGCGGUGGAUGUGCAGGUGGAGGUGCUGGUGCUGCAGUCGGCGGGGGAGCGCAAGUGGGGGGUGAUGGAGGAGACGCCGGGGCGGGCGGUGUUCGUGGGGUCGGUGGCGUCGGCGGUGGUGGCCGUGGGGUUGUACCCGGCGGCUGGGCUGCGCGAGAGCUGCGUCUACUUGGCGCGGCGGGAGGUGGAGAUGCUGGCGCCGCACGCCAUAUGCGAGUACUCGCUGGCGGACGAGGAGAUGAGGGGCGUGCCCAUCGCCGGCGGCCACUCCGUCGACGUGGAGCCCGUGUGGAUAACCCCUGUCGUGUGAGAGAUUAAAUCGGCAUUGGAAUCGACGAGGGCUCACCCAGAGUGGAAAUUUUGUUAUCCGAUUGUGCUGUGAACUUCGCUUGUAGCUGUGAUUUGCCAUGAAUUCGCGUUAAACUUGCUAUCCGAUUGUGUGGUCAACUUCGCUUGUGGCUGCGAUUUGGCA